AUGUCUCUUCCUGAGAAGACCCAACCACAAUCCCAAGACUCCUUUCUGAACAUCGCAUCCAGUCUCCAGAAUCUUUCCCAAUUGAUGAAUAUGCCCGCAAAGAAGGCUCUAGAGGACCGCAGCGUCAACAUUCCUUCCGCCGCUCAAAAGCGCGACGGGUGUAAGUCCACAGCAAGUAAGAAACGCAAGAGCGACAGCAACGAGAACGAAAUUGACUUAGAUGAUGGGACGGCCGACUCCACAGUCCCAAAACCGAACAAGAAGGCAAAGAAAGAUGAAUCGGCCACCAGGAAAGGAAACGCGCAGCAAAAAGGUGCCGGCUCCAAAUCCAAACAAGGCGCGGCAGGAGACAACGACGUCUCCUCAAUCCACCUUGAUGGUGAUGAAAGAGACUCGGUCCCUGUGUAUGAUACCUGCGACGACAUCCGCACCAAAAUCAAUCGUUUCCUACGAGAAACGCCGGGGGCUAGCAACGCAGGCUUCACUCGCACCAUCAAUGCGGCUCUUCCGCAAUCAACAGGGGUGAAAGCAACGGCAGCACAACUAGGCAGGUUUUUAAAGAAGCACGGUCCUACGGACGGCGCUGAAAGCCCGGUCUUUUACGCGAGCUAUGUCUUCUUUGAGAAGCUUCGCAUCAAGUGGGAGAAGCCAAAGUCGAAAAAGAGAGAGGAGAUGGAGAGUGUCUGGGGACCCCAAGGUAUGGGCCUGCAUGAUCUUGGCAACCGGUCUUUCAUUUGCCAUCAGAGCGAAAGGCCGUAUGUGACUAAAUUUGGGGAGCUGAAGUUCGCGCGAAGAUAA